AUGGCUCAUUUUGACGUUGCAAGAAAAGCCAACCUGGCGCUGGUGUUGCCAAGUCUGUUAACAGCAGUCCAUCUUCAUCGAGAACAACCUUCGCUAUUGCCAUAUGUCACGAAAACUUUUCAUGAUGGAAAUACCCUCAGCGAUACAGAGUCAAUUCGAAUGACAUGCAGCGAUGGGGAGACUUUUGCAGGGAAAUUUAUCGUUGGGUAUCUUGCAAAAGUUGCGAACAACAACCAGAUCUUACAAUGGAUCGCUCGAAGUAAACGAUUCCUAGCCUCUGACUACAAGUCUCUGCAAGAAUCAAUUUUUGAGCUCAACAUCCAUCUCACCUUGCGGUCAUUUUUAGUGGGACAUGCUACAAGUAUCGCGGAUAUUGCAUUUUGGGCCACCAUUCGUGGGAACCGAGUCGCCCACUCUCUAAUUCAGCAACAACCAGUCCAAGAAAAUGCUCUCCGGUGGUAUACCUACAUCGAAGAAACUAACCCAUGGCUUUCAGAGACUGUUGCAGAACUCACAAGCUUCGAUUCAAAAGCGCGAGCUGCCGCCAGUGCUGCUGGUGCAAGUUACGAAAUUGAUUUACCAAACCUUAACAGGCCUAUGACAACUCGAUUUCCGCCCGAGCCUUCUGGAUAUCUUCAUAUCGGUCACGCAAAAGCAGCUUUGUUGAAUGACUAUUUUGCCCACAAGAGCUCAGGGACAUUGAUAUGUCGCUUCGAUGAUACAAAUCCAUCAAAAGAAAAGAUGGAGUUCCAGGACGCCAUCUUAGAAGAUUUGGGUCUGAUGGAAAUCGUGCCGGAUAAAAUAUCGUAUUCUAGCGACUAUUUUCAAGUAAUGUACGAAUUUGCUCUGAAGUUGAUUCAAGAUGGAAAAGCUUUCGCGGAUGACUCUGAACUUGGCAAGGGAGACGAAGAUCGAAAGAUCAGGCUUCCCUCUAAACGCCGCGAUUUGAGUAUCGAGGAAACUUUAAAAUACUUUACGGAGAUGAAAGCAGGAUCUAAAGAAGGCUUGAGAUGGUGUAUACGCGCAAGAAUUGCAUAUGACAGUCCUAAUGGUACUCUAAGGGACCCGGUUAUCUACCGCUGCAAUCCAAUUCCGCACCAUCGGACAGGUACACAGUGGAAAAUAUAUCCGACUUAUGACUUUUGUGCCCCGAUAUUGGACUCUUACGAAGGUGUCACUGUGGCCUUGCGUACGAAUGAGUAUCGUGAUCGAAAUGUUCAGUAUGAAUGGAUGCAGGAUGCUCUUGGGUUACGUAAAGUGACAAUCUGGGACUUUUCGCGUAUGAACUUCAUCCGGACUGUACUGUCGAAGAGAAGAUUGACAAGGAUCGUGGACGAUGGAAAGGUGUGGGGUUGGGAUGACCCGCGAAUGCCAACAAUCAGAGGCAUUAUUCGCCGCGGUAUGACUGUACCCGCGCUGCGUGAGUUCAUCCUCAAGCAAGGACCGAGCCGUAACAUCCUCAAUCUCGAAUGGGGUGCGCUCUGGGCUCUCAACAAGAAGUACACCGACCACGAUGCUGCUCGUCAUACGGCCAUUGUUCAGGCGGAUGCUGUAACCUGUCGUGUACUUGGUGUUGAUGAUCAAAAUAUUAUAUCCAAGCCGAAAUAUAUCAAGAACCUCGAACUUGGUACUAAGAAGGUAGUUCAGAACAAGGCGGUACUGCUCGAGCAGAUAGACGCUCAAGGUCUAGAAGAAGGAGAAGAGAUUACCUUAAUGAAUUGGGGUAAUGCAUAUGUCCGUCGUAUUGUUCGAGAUGAGUCUGGGCAGAAGAGCGUCACCGAAAUAAAUCUAGAAUUACACCUUGAAGGCGAUGUCAAGAAGACCAAGAAGCUCAGUUGGCUUGCAGCAGUCGAGUCCAAUCUUGUUCCGGUUGAUAUUGUGAGCUUCGAUUACCUGAUUACAAAAGACAAGCUGGAGAAGACCGACAAGUUAGAGAAUUUCUUGGCAAGCAACACGGAGCUCAGAACGCAGGCUUUUGCGGACUGUAAUGUGAAAGAAUUGGCAAAGGGUGCAAUUAUUCAGUUUGAGCGGAAAGGUUACUAUAAGCUGGAUGUCGCUUACGGCGAAGGGGAGAGGAUGGUGUUUUUUGAUAUUCCAUCUGGGAAGACUUGA